AUGAAUAAAAGCCUUGAAUUGAUAACUACCAAACAUUACGAUCCAUUGUCAUCUGAUGAAUUAAGAACAAUAUUUAAUCAUGAAGCUUUGUCGAUUAAUACAGUUAAUGAUCUUCAAAAUCAGGUCUUUAUGUGGUGUUGUCUUCUUUUUGCUCCAUGUAAUGAACAUAAUCAAAUGAAGAUUACACAAUUCACUUUUCUUGACAAUGGUAGAAUUCAGUUUACAAAAUUUUCUCAAAAAAAUGAUUCUGGUGGUGUUGAAGAAAAUUUGGAUUCACUUAUUAUACCAGUACCAGCAGAUCUGAAAGAAUAUUUAGGACCUGUUCAUGAUAUUAAGCUUUAUUUAAGCAAAAGAUCCACAAAUUAUACAUGUCAAUUUCUUCAUUUUAAAAUUAAUAAAAAUAUUCAUGAUAUUUUGUAA